GUCGACGCCAUUUCGUGUCCACUGGUUUCAAGGUGAUACGUUGAGCCAGCAGAGCUGUAAGCGGAUCUUUACCCGUGCAAGUAGAAAGAGCGUUGAAUUGUUCUCAUUUUUAGUGUUAAACUCCUGUUUUUGAAGCCACUUUUUUCAGCAGCAGCAAAUCGUAAGUUGGUCUACACUUUUUUUGUUUUUUCACCUCAACUUUUGCAUCAUUUUUUUAAUAUAUUACUCCACUUUCACCCCUUUUUGGCAUUAGUCUAUUUUCUACCUCCCCCCCUUUUUUCUUUUUUGUUUAAACGUAGAGAGUAGUUAGGGGGGCUUUCGGGUGCUGUAAAAGUAGAGAAAUCAGCCACUUAAUUUUCAAACUGUUUGGCCCUCAUGGCCUCAUAAAUGAGCCUCCCAGUUUGCGAUAAUCAGAUGCAUCAUGCUGUUGAUUGUGAGCGGCCCAGUUUGUGCUGGAGCUGAUUGCUGGAUAACACCUCUUCAAAUCUUCCCACAUACAGUGCUUAGAUGGAGGAAAAGCACCGACAGAGAUCAAAAAGAGGACUGUUUUUCCUUCUUUGGAGUGAUUUUUUUUUUCCUGUUCUUUUUGUUGUGAGUGUGCAUGUUAAUUGACAAAUUAAAAAGUGCUCCAUUACUCACAUAAACACAAAGUUGCCUGCUCUUUAAGAGGCAAUUAUCAGUCCCUGAAGUGGCUUUUUACUGCAGCAUGCGAGGAAAUAACCUUAAUGAGUGACUAAUUCAGUAAUCACUAAACACUGAUUUUUUUCUGCCCUCUAAAAAAAAAAAAAAUCAAAUAUUUUUGUAACAAGUUCCAUUUCGCCUUUUCACCUCCAUCAUCAUUACUCUGAUCUGAUUUGGAAAGCAAAUCAAAAGAACCUCUGUGGUGACGACCACGUCGCCACUUUCUGCUCCCUGUAUGUGUAUUAAAAACAACCUCUAGCAGAGAUGCUCUUGUCAUUUUGUCUCGUCUGUCUUCAAGCAUGACUCCUGAGAGCUGCAGUGUCUUGUCACAGUUGAAGCACAAACACAAAUCCAACACUCACUCGCACAACAGACGUCCAGUAACAACCCCACCGGUCAGUCAGAGGGAAGCUGAACAUUGAACAGUGAACAGGUUUUUUGUGCAGUCAUAGUAAAAUGAGGCCCAGAUGAGGCAGUGGAUAAGGAAAGUUCCACAGAGGUGUGUUGAGCCAUUAAUGAGCGACUAUAAUAAGCAAUUGUUCCCAAAUAAUGAGCCCCAUGUGUUGAAUUUAGAAUUAAAUUAUGAGGGGAUCACAAACUAUCAUGAAAUUGAAUAGAACAGGGAACGUAACAAGCCUGCAGUGAAUGUUAGUUAAAGGAAGUGAACACAAAUGGCUCCAAAUAACAUUACACAUAAAAGAGAAACAAGGUCCUCAAAUGGAUGGGCAAAGAUUUGAAAAUUGCAAAAUUGGUGUUUGCAUUCAGAUCACACCAGAGUGCACAUGUACCUUGAUAUUCUUGCCUAAAUCCCCCACAAAGCUUUAGAAACAUAAGCUAAAGAGCCUGCAGUUGUCCCCGGCACCUCCUGAACACACCCCAUGUUGUAGACGUCCUGUCAGCUCGCCAAACAGUAGACGCAUCCUGGCCAAAAUCAUGCAGUGGCGAGCAGCGCUUUCAGCUGUGGCCGGAAUGCUGUAAACUGUGUAAUCCUCUGCUAGGAGCCACCAGCCAGUGCGGGGAGAGGCUGCUGGGCGCAGUUGUUUUGGCAGCUGAGGCGUGACUUUGCAGUAGCUGAAGUGAUGGAUAAUGAGAUGAAUGACUCUGGGGACUGAGUAAAGAAGAUCAUUUCCCACAUGCUGGGGUUUAAAGUUUACUACAGAAUUGUGACCAUAAUAAGAGAGAGACUUCUUAUAAAAUCACCCUUUUCCUGUAGUGUCGCUUUGACACUGCAUUCAGGGACUUUUUCCCCCCUCUCCUGCAGUGUUACAUAACUUUGCAGUAUUGGCCACUGGUGAGACAGCAGUCCAGCAACAGUGUAGCCCGACUGUACUAAUUAAAAUCCACGCGGGUAUGCCACUGACUGCUUGCGUACACUGUGCGUUUAUGUGGAGUGGCAAAAGGAGAAGCUUCCAAAACUGCACCGAUGCAAGUGAAACAAAAGGUGAUGCAAACUUUCAUGUCUGCAGAGCUGACAGAGGGGACUCUAGCAUAUGGCAGAUUGUUACUGGCAUACAUCGAAAGAAGGGGAUCGUAUCUGCAGACUCAAGAAGUGCACAUGAUGCAAACUUCCUGGUGUGCAAUGAUCCAAUUUUGAUGCAUUUGGCACUUCAGAGGUUGCUGUGUUUAUGAAGCUGUACCACGUUAUACCAUCACAACACAUUUUAUAAGCUUUGUCCAGCUGCUGUAAUGCAAAGAAAACCUUUUUAGCUUCUUCACCCUCUGUGGAGGAUGAAGGUUAUUAGAUUUGCGCAUGCUCACGAGUGAAUAUGUUUGUUUUUGUCAUAACAACCAUUUAUCCCACAGGUUUUUAAAAAAUAUUUUAAACAGUUUUAACACCUCCUUCCAUUUUAAACCCCUUUUUUGACCAAAUACGGGGAAAUAAAACAUCUUUUCGAGGUGUAGCAGAAAUCCCCCCCACAGUCUCCAUGUUUCAUAGCUUCUCGACGAUCCUCUUCUCUCCAACAGACACAGACAGGCAGACCUCCACCGACCUGAAUACAGACACAAUGGAUUGGUCAUCGUCCUCCUCUUCCAGCCUGAUGGCCAGCAGCAACGUGACCAACAAGACCGACCCCCACUCCCUCAACUCCCGCGUCUUCAUCGGCAACCUCAACACCCUGCUGGUCACCAAGGCUGAUGUGGAGGCGAUCUUCUCCAAGUACGGCAAGAUCGUCGGCUGCUCCGUCCACAAGGGCUACGCCUUCGUCCAGUACUCCAACGAGAGGAACGCCAGGGCCGCCGUGGCCGGGGAGGACGGCCGCAUGAUCGUUGGACAGGUGCUAGACAUCAAUCUGGCAGGUGAGCCGAAGCCUCAUAGAUCGAAGACAGUGAAGCGAUCUGCAGGAGACAUGUACAGUUCAUCUUUUGAUUUGGACUACGACUUCCAAAGAGAUUACUAUGACAGAAUGUACUCCUACCAGUCUCGGGUGCCUCCUCCCCCUCCCCCUCUGUCCCGCGCCGUCAUCCCCUCCAAACGUCCCAGGGUGAGCCUGAGCAGCGGAGGGAGCCGACGAACCAAGACCAGCUUCUCCUCCUCUUCCUCCAAGAGCAGCCAGAGAACUUCACGUACAAUGAAGGCAGAUGAUUUACAGACCAUAAAAAGGGAGCUUACACAGAUCAAACACAAGGUGGACUACUUGUUGGAGAGCUUAGAGCGCAUGGAGAAGGACCACAGCAAGAAAUCAGAGAUGAAAAGCUCCAAACCUGAGCCAGGUGAAGUGUCUCCUCUCCACUCAUCUACCUCCAGCAAAAAGGAAGACAGUCUGAAGAGGGGCAAAGAGAGCCGGGAGCUGAAUGACUCAGAGGAGGAGGGAGACUUGCUGGAAGAUGAAGAUGAGACGAAAAGCAGAGGGAGAGACGACGAUGAUGAUGAUGAAGGUGAGCAGGAGGAAGGAGAGGACGAUGGCGAUAGUGCUAACGGAGAUGAAUCCUGAAUGUGAAACACACACACAGACACACGCACAGCAAAUUGUGUAUUUCUCCGCACCAGACUUGUACGCAGUGGUCAUGUGCUCGUAUCUGCUGAACUGACUGGACAGUUAUUUACAUCAUAUGGUAGAUAUCACUCCUCUCAUGCACAAAUUCACAGAUAUGAGAAGUACUUGUUUCAGAAUUUUCUUUCAAGUUGGGAAGGUAAAUAUACUCUUUCUUUUUUAUUUGUCUUUUUAUAUGAACGUGUUUCUGCUUCUUUCAGAAAAAACAGCAAACUCAGCUGAGCUUAACUGUAACUUUUAUGUGUUUGAACGAUUUGUCACAACGGAUUGAAGAACUGAUUGAAAAAUCGAGUCCCUUACCAGCUAUUAGCUAGCUAGCUCAAGUGCAACGGUUUGAACUAGAGUGUAGUCUUUAAUGUGAGCUCCUGCUAGAAGUUUAAACAUUUAAAAUGUAUUGCUGAUCCAGCUGCUGCACAGCUGCCUCCUAACCAGCAGGUGGCAGUGUGUCCCAACAAGUGGCCCACACAAAGGCCACAAGGAUUACUUCUUUUGUUCUCAGAAAAUCUUGGACUUCUGCUUGUCGGAUUAUGCCACAAGCAUGCGCGACCGCUCGUUUGUGGCCACGCAGAUCCUCACUGGUCCUGAAAUAGUUUUGUGUGCUGCUGAGGUGUGCUGACCUUUACUGACUUGUGUGAUGAAGUGAUGCUGCAUGUUUGUUUGUGUCCGUUUCUCUUCUGUUUCCUGUUUCAUCCGACUGCACUGGUAAAAGUGAAUAAACAUGUUUUCCAAUG